GGUUCAAAGGGUCUCUGGUCCUUUGGCUUUGCUCAAAGUCCAGCUGCAUUCCUGAAGGUUCAUUUCAUUCUGCUGUUUCCAGUGCCCUUCUUCUCUUGCCUCAAAGGAGCUGGCAAUGUCUCUGUCUCUGACUCUGUUCCGGGGAGCAACUUCCUGGAAAGUACCUCAGGCAUGCUGCAGGCAGCUCUCCACCUAUGUCACCAAGAUGCGGUACCUUUUUGAACUUAAGGAAGAUGAUGAGGCAUGUCGAAAAGCCCAGAGCUCAGGAAGGUUUUACCUUUUUCAUAGCUUGGCUCCUUUGCUCCAGAAGUCUGGCAACAGAUACCGGGUCCUUCCAUUUAGGGCUUCAGAGUUGGAAAGGAUCCUGGCCAAGUUUGGACAGGGCACACAGAAGAUAGAACAUUCAGUCCUGAUUGGCUGUUCAGAUCAGCAUGAAGCAUGGUUUGCCUUGGAUCUCGCUCUGGGAAACCCCCAUUCCUCAGGAUCCUUGCAGAAAUCAGAAAUGGAAUCUGAGCUCCAGGGGGCCUUUAUUGAACUAAGGCAGGCUCUAUUCCAGCUGAAUGAGAAAGAUGCUUCCUUGAUCUCAAUGGCUCAGGCCCUCCUCCGUUGGCAUGAUUGCCAUCAGUUCUGUGGCAAAAGUGGGCAACCCACCCAGAAGAAUGUAGCUGGCAGCAAACGUGUGUGUACCUCUAGUAAGAUGAUCUAUUAUCCCCAGAUGUCUCCUGUGGUCAUCACUCUGGUGUCUGAUGGGACCCGAUGCCUGCUUGCUCGGCAGAGCUCCUUUCCUAAGGGGAUGUACAGUGCCCUGGCAGGAUUCUGUGAUAUGGGUGAGACCAUAGAAGAGUCUGUUCAGCGGGAAGUGGCCGAAGAGGUGGGGCUGGAGGUGGACAGCCUGCAGUAUUCUGCCUCCCAGCACUGGUCUUUUCCUAACAGCUCCCUCAUGAUCGCUUGUCACACUACUGUGAGACCAGGGCAGACAGAGAUCCAGGUGAACUUACAAGAGCUAGAGACAGCAAAAUGGUUCAGUCUAGAAGAGGUGGUCGCAGCUCUCAAGAGGAAAGGACCACCUACCAGUCAGCAAGAUGGUGCCAUCCCCUUCUGGUUGCCCCCCAAGGUGGCCAUCGCCCAUCACUUGAUUCAGGAGUGGGUUCAAAAGCAGAGCUCCCCUUCAAAUCUUGCCUGAUACAGAUCAAGUGGCAUAUAUCUCUUUUCCUCAUCCUCGGGGAACAUAUCAAAGAGAUGAGAUUGAUGGAGGUGACAUGGCCUUGGCAAAAGGCAAAUUCCAACCCAACCUUAUAACAUAAUGGUAUAAUGGAACACAUGUUGCCUUUGGAGUCAGAAGAAACCUACAAAGGAAUCCCACCUCUGCCACUUGUUAACCAUGGGC